ACGAAACUGCUAUGUGCUAAAUGCUUAUACAUGACAACAACUCUCUUUCGGUAAUCACAAAGCACGUUUGGCUUCACAUGUUCUGACUUCUGAUUCAUUAUUCUCUACUCUCACUCUCAGAUCCUUCAACCAUGUUCGUGAAGAAGCUCGUCGAGAAAGCAUCCAUAAAGAAGACUGCAUCAGAUGGGUUAAAAGGUAGUGAUGUAGAUCCAUGUUUGGUAUUUCAUCAAGGGGUACCAUCUGGUGGUACCAAGUUUGCCUAUGACAAUAUUCAGAAGAUACUGGCUCUUUCUACCAAGGAUGGACGGAUUAAACUAUUUGGCAAAGAUAAUGCUCAAGUGCUGCUUGAAUCUAAAGAGCCAGUGCCUAGCAAGUUUUUACAGUUCAUUCAGAAUGAAGGGAUUCUCAUAAAUGUCACGUUCAAUAACCAUAUUGAGGUUUGGGACAUAGACAAGAAACUGUUGUCUGACGUGUACAUUGUUAAAGAAGAAAUCACCUGUUUUUCAGUCAUUCAGCAUAGCUUCUUUAUGUAUGUUGGACUUUCUAAUGGCAAUAUUUCAGUUUUGUUGAUUGAUCCAAAACCAUGGCAUGUGUUACGGAUGAAGUACACCAUACCCCUUUCAGCUUCUUGUGGAAAUUUAACUGAAGAAUCUGAUGAUACUGUUGUGACACACAUACUGCCUCAACCAGCAGCCGAGAGUCAAAGAGUUCUCAUAAUCUUUAGAAAUGGUCAAAUAAUAUUGUGGAAUAUUCGAGAAAGCAGAUCCAUUUUUAGAACUGGUGGAAGAAUGUCACAAACACGUUAUAAUGAAACAAAGAAAGUAUCCACUGCAUGUUGGGUGUGUCCUUUUGGAAGUAAGGUGGUUGUAGGUUACAACAAUGGAGAGCUUUUCAUUUGGAGCAUCCCUUCUCUAAACACCGGAAAUAGUUUAGCAACUGAUUAUAGUAGUCAAAACACUCCUAUGUUCAAAUUUAACUUGGGGUAUAAAUCAGACAAAACUUCCAUAGGAUCAGUAAAAUGGAUUUAUGCCGAAGGAAAGGCUAGCCGGCUAUAUGUCAUGGGAGCUUCUGACUAUUCCCCUUCAAACUCUUUGCAGGUAGUGUUGUUGAAUGAACAUACAGAAUCUCGCACAAUUAAGAUGGGACUUAAUUUGUCUGAAUGCUGUAUUGACAUGGAGAUCAUAUCAACCUCAAGCAAACAUAGACAAAAUUAUUUCAUAUUGCUAGGGAAAUCAGGCCAUGUAUAUCUCUAUGAUGACAAUUUGAUUGAAAGAUAUUUACUGCAAAGCCAGUCGAACUCUAAGUCCACUACUUCACUGCCAAAGGAAGUGGUUGUGAAAUUACCACUGGCAGAUUCAAGCAUCACGACAGCAAAAUUCAUCUCCAACAAUCUCAAUAUGUUUAGUUCUGAAGAUGAGUGUUACAGUCAGCUGCUCAAGAAUUAUCCACCGCUUAUUCCCAUUGAAACAAAUCUGAAAGAUGGGAUUAACUUCAGUUCUGUAAAUUUCACUGGAUUUUCAAACGUUAAAAAUUUGUACAUAACUGGACACAGCAACGGAGCUGUAACAUUUUGGGAUGCGUCAUGUUCCCUUUUCACCCCAAUUUUGCAAUUAAAGCAACAGAGUGAAAAUGAUUUUUCUUUAAGUGGCAUACCCUUGACAGAAUUAUAUUUUGAUAGCAACUCUCCACUCCUUGUUUCUGGUGACCAAAGUGGGAUGGUUCGUAUCUAUAGAUUCAAACCUGAACCAUAUGCCUCCAACAGCUUCAUGUCUCUUACUGGAGGUACAAAGAAAGGGACUGAUGCAAUCCACAGUAUGAAACUUGUGAAGACUAGUGGUGCUGUAAUUUGUAUGCACUUAGAUCACAGUUCAAGGCAUCUUGCUGUUGGUUCUGACCAAGGAAAUGUUUCAGUUAUUGACUUAGAUGGUCCAUCUUUGUUAUAUCGAAAACAUAUUGCAAGUGAAAUUGCCAGCGGUAUCAUCUCUCUGCAGUUCAAAACCUGCAGUUUGCAUGGUUUUGAGAAAAAUAUUUUAGCAGUUGGAACAAAGGACUCAUCUGUUCUAGCAAUAGAUGGUGAAACUGGAAACGCAUUGAGCAUCGGAACUGUUCAUCCAAAGAAGCCCUCUAAAGCAUUAUUUAUGCAGGUGUUGGAUGGACAGGGAGAAUCAAUCACAGGAUCAGUUACAAAAGAUGGCCUAGACUUGAGAGAAGGGAAUCGUAUUGAAGAUGCAACAGCAAAGCAAUUUUACAUUUUGCUGUGUUCUGAGAAGGCUUUGUAUGUCUAUUCUUUUGUGCAUGCUUUACAGGGAGUAAAAAAGGUGCUUUACAAAAAGAAGUUUCAUUCCUCUUCUUGUUGCUGGGCAUCAACAAUUUACGGUUCCUCUAAUAUUAGUCUCAUACUCCUUUUUACCAGUGGAAAAGUAGAAUUAAGGUCUUUGCCAGAGUUAUCUCUGAUCGUCGAGACUUCAAUUAGAGGUUUCACGUACUCACCUCCAAAAUUGAAGCCAUUUUCUGAUAGCCAGAUAUGUUGUUCAUCCAAAGGGGAACUUGUUUUGGUGAAUGGUGAUCAGGAAAUUUUUGUUCUCUCGUUGUUGGCCCAGAGGAAUAUAUUCAGGCUUUUGGACUCUGCUAGCUGCAUCUACAGGAAGGAAAGGAUACCAUCACAAGAAGAGCUUAUUCCUGGCCCUGUCAUCCAUAAGGAAAAGAAAAAGGGUAUAUUCAGCUCCGUUAUCAAAGAUUUUACUGGCAGUAAAGAAAAGCACGUGCCCCUCAUGGAAAAAGAAGAUCCCAAAGAAAGUAUACGGGAACUGUCAGCAAUAUUCUCAAAUGCAAACUUUGCAUGUAAUGAAAAUGAUGAUAAGCCAACGAUGAAUGACAAUCAGCUUGAGUUAAACAUAGAUGACAUUGACCUAGAGGACCACGGAGAAAAACGAAAAGAACAAAGCAUAUUAGGAGCUCUUAAUAAGAAGAAUUUGGCUGGCAAAUUUCAGUCUCUGAAAGGAAGAUUGAAAGAGAUGAAGGGAAACAACCAAAAAACCUCAGAUAAGGAAGUGCAACAGGACGAAAAAGAUGGUUCGCUUGAUCAAAUUAAGAAGAAAUACGGAUUUUCUUCUUCCGCCAAUGACUCAACCGUUGCUAAACAGGCACAAAUCAGGCUGCAUGAAAACACAAGGAAAUUGGAGGGUAUCAACCUUCGUGCCACAGAGAUGCAAGUUAAAGCAAAAUCAUUUUCAUCAUUGGCAAAACAAGUGCUGCGAACUGCUGAGCAGGAUAGACGAAGUUGAUCAGACCUCUUAGUUAAUGGUUUAUACUUAGGCCAUACAUUAUUUUAUUUUUUAAUUGCACAUAUAUAUAUUUUUUAAUAUUUUUUUAUAAGUCAGUUUUGUUCACAAUUAUGUUGAAUUCUUGCUUCUUUUUACAGUGACAGUGGCACCGAUAUGCUGUCUGAAAACUUUUGUUUUGGAUCGAUAGUGUUCGAAUGUGAUCAUGUAUUAUAUGGAUUAA